GAGAUCAAAAAAGUGCGCCGUUCUGAAAAGGAGCAGAGGCCGAGGCGAGCGAAGACCCACCGGUAAUAUGUUGUUCAUGAACGCUCGCAUUUAGGGUUGCUUGCAUGCUGUGCUAGUGGUAGUAGGGCGAGCAUGCGCUGGCGCUGGCUGAAAGGGUAAUAGCGCUGUUUUCAUCAAACUAGAGCUUAAUUAAUGAGUGGAGUGCUGAUGGUGCUGUCAUUUACCGAAGAGCGUCCCGAGGUGGUUUCCCAAUGCAUGUUGCACAACGAAAUCUAAGCAACGUGGGAUAUAUUUACACAGAGAGGGUCGGUCAUCCAGCACAAUAAUCCGAAACCCACUUCUAAUUUAUUUGGGAUGUUUACUCAAGGCGCAGUGUUCAGAACUUCUUCACACCAAACCAGUACCCAUGUAUGACGACCCAUACAUCAUACGCAUAGCAUCGUCAGUGUAGUGCACCCCUCAUUGGACCGAUACCAGUCGCCCGUACCAAACUGUGCACCUCUUGUGUCCAUCACAUCUAGGAAUACGCGCCCAAUGACAAGUGCACAAGUUUCACGUCUGUACUCUGGUCAUUUCCACUUCUCGAUAUCAACUUCUUUUCAUCUCCUCAAAUAAGAUUGAGGUAACAGCAAAAUUAUCGUGUGAUUGGAAUCAAAUUCCACCCGAUUUCUUCGGGGGAUAACCACAGAACAUAAUGCCAGCUCAGACUCCUGAAAGGUCGUCCUUCGUAAUGGAAGACUCAGAACUUUUGGGGACCAGUUCCAAGUCGGUGCAGGAGCAAGUGUUGUCAGGCCAAGUUCUCCUCAUGGACUACAGACCAAACUCGGCCUUCUGUCGAUCACAUAUAGAAGGGGCCGUGAACAUUUGCUUGCCAGGAAUUCUCCUUCGGAGGUUAAAGAAAGGAAAGAAUCUCUCAUUGAAAUGUCUGAUUCAAGGAGAUGAAGGAAAUAAGGACCUGUUCAUGAAAAUGGCCAGCAAAGUUCCUCUCAUUCUUUAUGAUGAGAACUCUAGCAACAUUAAUGCAAACUCAGACACCCCAUUUGUUCUGUUACUGAGGAGACUCAAAGAGGUUGGUUAUCGGGUUACCUAUUUGCGAGGUGGAUUUAGUGAAUUCUAUAGACUGUUCCCUCACUUAUGCCAAACAACGGAAGACAGCGACUCUGAUGAGUGUUCUUUAACGGACUUGGGCUUUGACAGACUUAAGAUAGAGACCACAGGGUUGGUUGAAGCAGAAACCCCAUUGGACAACCGAUAUCCCGCCCAGAUCCUUCCCUACUUGUACCUCGGAACCAAGCAGGAUUGUGAAAACUUUGAACUGCUCUCAAAACUGAGGAUACGUUAUGUUUUGAAUGUAACACCCAAUAUCCCAAACUGUUUUGAAGAUAAUGGGAUCAAAUACAUGCAGAUACCUAUCAUGGACCAUUGGAGUCAGAACCUGGCAGCAUUCUUUCCUAAAGCCAUUGAGUUUAUUGGUAAGUAUAUGAGAAUGAACGAAGUCUUGUAGGGUCAUCAAGAUGACUUCUAACGACACUGGGAGAUGUGUCAUCAUGGACCUGUAGGUCCAUGGUUUUAUAAAGCUCUUCAUAUGUAAGAAGCUAUGCAGUAGCGUACGCAGGGGGGGGGGGGGUUACAGCCUUACAGGGGUUCAACCCCCCUUAAAUUUAUGAUACCUACCCCCCCCCAAAAAAAAGAUGAGGAUGUCAUCAGGUAUCUCAUAAUUGCUUAUGAAGACUUAGAUAUGCAUAGAAGUUAGAACUGUUUUACCAAAACUGCAAAACUUUGACAUGUCAUCAUGUCAACUCUGUUAUUCCUCAUCCAAUUUUUAUGUGAUUUUUUUGUGCCCCCUUCCAUGUGAAUUAUUGUACUUGACCCCACUCAUUGAUCUUGGCUGUUAUAUUUGUCAGCUAUCUCUACUUUUCAAGAUUGCUCUAUCGAAACAGGAAAUGAUCCAAGUUACUGUCAUAAACACAGUGUGGAAUGUGGUAUAGAAAAUUAAUGACCAAGGGAAAGGACAUAUAUCAAUACUGUUGUCAUGGUUACCCAUGUUCAGGUUAUCCAGUUGUUAGGUUGUUUUGGCACAUAUCAAAACUAACUAGUUUAGGAGUCUCAAGGCUUAUUUUAGGAAAUAGGAAUUACUAAAGGUCAGAUGAAGACUGCUAGACUGAGAUGUUAUUUGAAACCUUUUUAUUCUCUUUUGAGUCAGUUUCCUCAUGUUUAUGUUCACUGUUACCAGGGCUAGUCCUUUUGCAUUCAAGUUCCUGUUGUAACUCUGUUAUACUGUAUAUUGUAUCAAUUGGUAAAUUACAUGGUUCAGCACCCAAUCAUAGUAUGGGUUAAGCUUAGCCCACUUUCUUUUCACACAGCGUUUUUGCAAUGUGGGCUAACCCCAUCUGUAGUAUAUGGGAUUAUUUGGCACUGCAAAAUAGCAGUGUUAGUUCAUUUAGCUGAGCAAUUGCGGUGCUAUAGGAGUGAUAGUUCGGGCUAGUGUAAAAAGAAACCUGGCCAAGCCAAGAACAGCGCUCGAUUUAUGCCCUAAGUGCAAUAAAGCCCUUUUGCAUGUAUGAAAAGCUAAUAAAUUAGAACGUGAUAAAGGAUAGUACAGGGUUUUAGCGAAUAGCGAUAAUACGAGUUUAAGAAAAUCCAAUGUAGAAAUUGUUUAGCAUAUAACUGCAGGCCUAUAUGUGGUUUGCAGUUAAGUGACCUACAAUGUGGUAGUGACAGUCAUGAGUUUCUUUGGUAAUAAAUUAGGACAAAUAAUGACUUUCUUCCUUUAUAGUCUAGUCUGAACAAAUAUUUGAAAUAACAAUAUGCUGACUCAAAAAUGAAUUCUUUGUCAUUGGCAAAAUGCAACAACAUUGCUUUCAUUCUUCUGCCCAUACAUUGUAGUCCAUACAUGUAGCAUAAGGCAUUGUUGUGUGUAGAGUCAUUGACCAAAGAGUGUCACAGAGUCAGACUGCACUCCAUUCCAUUACCCCAAAAUGGUGACAGAGCAGUGAUUCAAAUACAAGGAAACCCCACUGGUCAAGGCCAUAGGUGGGACUGUGGCAGCUGUUCUUGACAUUUCAUUUUACACAUUUGUAGUCUAAGGCAUUUAGGCUGCAACAAUAACACCCAGAGUAAAACUUUUGAAGACUUUUUAUUGGUUCAUAGUAUUUCCAGAGAUUUGUACCCCUCACAACUCCCUGGUAUUUCCCUGCUUUUCAAACUAUUUCCCAGAUUCCUGAAAAAUUAUUGAGGCCGUAAUAUUUACAGGUACUAUUGUUCUGAUAUUUUCCAAUAAUUACCACUGGUAAUUCCCACUCCCGUCAACCCUUUUCAAGUUUUCAGGAUGAAUUUUUGAAAUGGGUUAUCACCUUACAGAUAACAAAAUCAUUUUAUGUAGUACAUUUCAUGAACUUUCUUGAAGUAUUCGUAAAUACAUUUUGGGGUUUCACACCUUGCCGGAAAAGCAAAUGAGGAGAGAGAAUGAUGAGGCCAUGCACCCUUAGAAUUGCCUUUUGAUGUUGAGUGAAACCAAUAGAAGUUUUCCCAGAGGGGUAGACGUACUGUCUUCCUUAUGCACAUAUCGUCGGCGUUCAUCCGAACCGUCGUAUCAAUCAAUUUUGGUCAAAAAAUCAAUUUUGAGAUUUUUGCAGAAAAUUAAAGUACAAGUCCUAUUCUAUUCAUAACUAAAUUUCUAGGCAGCAAUUUAUUUUAGUUUCUUAGAUAUGAGGGGAUUUUCACGGCGAUGCCAUACAAAUUUUUAAUAAAAUGUGCAAAUCCCAUUGGAAACAUGUACAGUGUACGAGUACAGAGCAAUACAACGUUUUGACUGACCAGGAUUUGAAUGCACGCGGUCAGCCAAACUGUCGUAUCGGCCAUCUGCACUGCAUUGACUUUGCUCGUGAAAAGCGACAACAUUUAGACUGACCGCACACAUUGAAAUCGCGGUCAGGGUUGUUGUAUUCCCUAUGGCGUUUUUGUAAGGGGGAAAUCUAAACCGCUCAAACCGAAAUUACAAGCAUGUACACUAGCUCUUUUGCGAUAUUUUCUCUGAUCCUUGGUUUUGUGUAAAAAUAAGGAUACCUAUAGGCGGUGCUGCACCAUCCCGAGUUUGCUCAAUCUCGAGAUUUUAGCCCGAUCGGCCCUCUUCGCGAUUAAUCUCGAGAUUCAAGAAACCCCGUCUCCACCAUCGCAAGAAGAGCGAUUCCUGCUCGAGCGAGGCAACAGGCCCGAUAUUCCGAGCAUGCGCACUUUCGGAUCUUGAAGUUUCAAUGGCCCGCGCUUUUGAUUGAACUUCCCGCGGUAUGUAAUCAAUGUAUUCCUUUCAAUAGCACUUACGCCGAAUUCGAUCGGUGUUAUGCAACAAUCCUCACAGCUCAGCCGCGCUCAGCGAGUGAAGAAGUGAUGUAUAUAUGAUGGCGGAGAAGCCGCGGAGAAGGGGGCAACGACAGAGAGAGAGAGAGAGAGAGAAGGAGGAAAGAAAUGUUAUUUGCUCACAUUUUGCGAAGGAAUAAGACGACACUGCUGUCAGUGUUGUUAUUGACUAUGACCAUCGUCGAUAAUGAGCGCCUCCCCCAUCGGUCUGGUCUAUCCCAAAAUCCAUUCACUGGUGGGAUACCAUCGUUGCUGAUUGGGGAAUUGAUGAACGCUAUUCACGAUAAUGUCUAUUCGCAUGUAUAAAGUUGACUUUCGCAUGCAUUCGCGAUGCGUUUAUGUUUUGACCAAGGCGGAAGUGGAAUGCGAAUUGCAUUAUGGACUGACGUCAUGAAUCAAUUACCCCGAGUCCAAUCUCGAAUGGAAUGACCCACCUACGAAUUAGCGGGAUAAUUCGUAAAAUAGUGCGCUAUUUUGCAAAUAAACCAGAGUUGACUUGGGAUUGCAAUCUCGAGAUUAAUCCUGCGAACUAGCGCGAUAAUUGCGUCUCCAUUACAAACAAUCUCGAGAUUUUUAAGAUCGGGAUAAUUUGCCGGAUCAGAAAUAGCACGCUAAUUUGAAAACUCGGGAUGGUGCAGACGGCCCUAUUGUCAAGCAAUUGUCUUGGUCUUUCCAACCAUAUUCUAGCAAUGAAUAUGUUGUAAGGCUGGAGAGCUAAGUGUGAAAAUUUUAGCAAACUUUGAAGUCGAUUUUCUCUGAAAUGGGUUUGCACCGUCGUAUGUGUGAUACGACGAUUCGGAUGACCGCCGACGAUAUGCUUCGAAGUUCUGCCAGAAUGACAUCACCAAUAUUUGACAUUUCUUAGAAUGGCCAUUAACGAUAAACUGCCAGUACAAGUAGGGCCUCCAUAUUGUAUAAAGGCUAUACAUGUAUGCUAGAAAAUGUCAUUGCAUGGAAGUGUAGCUUGUGAGUUACUAUCAGAUUUACUUGAUUUCCAUAGGAAGACCCAGUCUCUCCAUGUCUAGACGAACAAAUUCAAACUAAAAUGGUAGUCUUGCUAUACCAAAUCUUAAUAGCCAAAAUUUAUUAUGUGUCUAAAAACUGAUUACCAAAACAUUAUACAAUGACUUUGCCACUCUCAAGCUAUUGGGUCAGAGAUAAGAGAUUUAAAACAUUGCGUUUAAAAUGCAGUACAACAUACAUGUAUAAACUCCACUUUGAAUCAGCCAGUACUCCUCUGCAUUUAUAAGCCUGUGACUUCCUUUACUACCUUACCAUAACACUAAUCUUAUUUUUGUUCAAUGGAAGCUUGUUUUGGUUCACUGGCUCUCAAUGGGACACAGCAGUACCCUCAGGAUAAAAGAAACAAAGGAUCUCCAUUAAUAAUUUCUCGUUUGGGAUGAGGUCACCUGACUUUGUACAUUCUACAACGUAUGCGUUUUUGCACCCUGCGGCAUCUCUUGUUAGUCACCCCCAUUUUCUUUUUCACCGACAUUUUUAUUGUAAUGACAACUAGUGGCAAGGAAUAAACUAGCAUAUCAUUUCCUUUCGUGCUGCAGAUUUUGAAUGCAUCAAAUUUUGAACAUUUGUCUGGUUUCUGAAGGGAAACAUCUUACAUUUACUGAAGAACAUGUCCAUGCCAACAAAAAAGUUGACCUGGCCUAGAUAAAAAGAGAAAAACAAAACAAGCUUAACAAAAACUUU